UUUUCUUUCAACGAAGAGAGAUAUCAAAUACAGGAGGAGAUAUAUGAUGAGAAAAACAACACCGUCACCAUCAGUGGCCCCUUCUGUCCCAGGAAGCUCGCUAAAAAGCUCCGCUGCAAAGCUGGAAAUGCCAUUAAAUGCAUCAAGAUCGUCGACAAAAAGCCUCCAGCGCCGCCUCGUCCCGACGAGCCUAAGCCUCCGCCUCCGCCUCCGCCUCCGCCGCCUCCUUGUUCCACCGUGGUUGUUGUUGUGGUUCCUCCGCCGCCUCCUCCUCCAGCUGAACCCGAGCCUCCGCCUCCUCCCCCAGAACCAAAACCAAAACCAAAACCAAAACCAAAACCAACUCCUGAACCGGUCUGCCCACCGCCCCAACCAAUAGGGGUUUGUUGUGGACCAUGUUAUGAGGGAUAUGGAGGGGGACCAUGUCAUGAAGGUUAUGGAAGGCCACAGCCGUGCGAUUGUGGCUGUGGAGGAUCGCGAUCUACGUGCUAUGAUGGCUGGGGAAGGAGACCACAGCCGUGCUAUUGUGGCUGUGGAGGAUCACAGUCGACGUGUUACAAUGGUUGGGGAAGACCACCACAACCGUGCUAUUGUGGCUGUGGAGGAUCACAGUCGACGUGCUAUAAUGGCUGGGGAAGACCACCACAACCGUGCCAUUGUGGCUGUGGAGGAUCGCAAUUGCAGUGCUCUAGGAGAUAUGGAAGAUCGAGUUACGGGAGCCACUGCGGUCUCUUCAUUGAAGAAGACCCAAAUUCAUGCAUCAUCAUGUAAUGUUUAAUGUUGCAGACCAACCCACCCUCUCUCCCUCCCUCCCUCCCUCCCUCCCUCCCUCCCUCCCUUCCUUUGUAUUGGUCCAUUUUCAAUAAACCGGAUCAGGUGGUUGGUCCACUAAUUGAAGGGUUUAAUUUGUGAUGUUUUGGGUGAUGUGGGUUCAUUUAGAGUUUCUAUUUUCAUUCUCUCUUCUAAGCUUUUACAAAUAAAGGUUGAACAAUGCAAAAUAAAAAGUAGUGAGAAUCUAUAUUGUAAUGUUGGAAUAAAAGUGGGAAAGUUCAUUGAAUUUUCA